AUGUCUACUCGAGAUCUCGAUAUUGAGAUUGCUCAGAUAAGGGAGUCGAAUAUGGGCCGGGUGCGUACCCUCGGUUCAGUCCGCCUCACAAAGGAAGGAACAAACGAGCGUAUUCUCUACCCAACGCCGUCCAACGAUCCUAAUGAUCCCUUGAAUUGGUCGCAAACAUAUAAGAUAUACCUGAUGUGUUUAACAAGCUCAGCACUGAUCUUGUCGAACUUUGUCGCCGCUGGGCCCUCAAUCGCUCUCGUCGAACUCACCAUUGAUAUUUUCCAUGCGUAUCCCCCUUCACCUCUCAUUCCUGCAACUCUUGCGCCGGCGUCGAUUGCUAGAUUCACGGAUGGAUUGACCAAAGCUGCGUAUUUGUUCUCGGGUGCUGCACUGGUCCAGGGUAUCUCUAACCUCCUCUGGGUCCCAGUGGCGCUGAAAUAUGGUAGGAGAAAGGUCUAUGUAUUCGCGUUCCUGCUGUUCGGAGCUACGACAAUCUGGGCCGCAAGAGCAGAGCCGUUCGCCAAUCUGCUGGCCGCGAGAUUGGUGAUGGGUUGGUUCGCAGGAACAGCAGAAUGUGUGGCACCACUGACCGUCGCGGAUUUGUUCUUCCUGCACGAAAGAGGCACUUAUAUGGCGAUCUUCGCGGCCGCCCUGUCAGCUGGUGCUCCUCUGGGCAGUAUAGUUGGCGGUUUCUUCACCCUGGGCACAGACUGGCGAGCGAUGUACUAUCUCAGCACAGGUCUCAUUUUCCUGUUCACAUUACUGGCAUAUCUCACAAUGCCAGAGACUGCAUACAUCCGCACGCCAGAAGUUCACAAACUCGAGCCAGUAUCUCGGAUCAGCAAAGAUUUCGACAAGUCACCCGCCGAUUUGCAGGUUGAGAGACUCUCACCCGAACCCAUCGCUGAAGCAAGUGGUAGACCAGGGAAAAAGACCUUCCGAGAGAACCUAGCAUUUGUCACGCCUGCUCAGACCAAGGAGUCAUUCUUGAAAAUCUUCAUCCGACCCAUCUUGUUACUCGUACUCCCACCUGUAAUCUGGUCCACGGUCAUCAUUGGUCUCGUUGUAGGCAUCGUGGUCGUCCUGUCUGUAUCUUUGGCCAACGACUUCCACACAAUCUAUCAAUUCGAAACCUGGCAAGCUGGACUCUGCUGGAUAUCCGUGAUUAUCGGUUCAGCCAUCGGUAUGCCUGUCUGUGGUAUACUCACAGAUACGACUGCGGACUUCUUCACUGCUCGUGCCGGUGGCAUUAGAGAGCCUGAGCAUCGACUCCCAUUCUGUAUUCUUCCUGCGUUGAUGCUUACUGGAGGCUUACUCAUAUAUGGAUUCGGUCUAGAACACCAUACUCAUUGGAUUGUACCUGUCGUGGGUCUUGCCAUCAUCGCUGUGGGAAUUGUUGGCGGUACCACAGGAGGCAUGGCCUACAUCGUUGAUGCCUAUCGUCCCAUUGCAGGAGAAUGUGUCGUCUCAAUCAUGGCCUUCAAGUCGGCGUUUGCGUUUCUCAUCGCAUUCUACACCAACUCAUGGCUUGCGAAAGAUGGACCGGCAGUAGUAUUUGGCACCUUGGCAGGUAUUGUGUUUGGUUGGUUCACUCUCGCUCUACCCCUCUACAUCUGGGGCAAACGGCUGCGACAGAGAAGUCUGGAAUGGAGGUUCGUUCGGCAUAUUCAAUGGGAUCUGGAUCGUGAGACUGGCGAGUGA